AUGUCUGGAAAGAAGACGAUGAUCUGGAAUGGCGACGCCGACGCCAAACUCCUCCUUACCAUUCUCAAGGUCUCCGAUGUGAAGCCCGACUUCGAAGCCGUCGCUCAACAGGCAAUCACCUGCACUCCCCGCGCUGUCCAGGAGCACUUGAAGAAGCUGCGCAAGAUCGCUCGGGCCGACGCUGAUCCCACCGCUCCCGGCAAAGCCACAACUACCACUCCCGUCAAAGCUUCGCGCAAGGCAGCUGCUCUUCCUGCUGGAGUAAAGAAGACCCGCAAGCCUGCUGCUCUUCCUGCUGGAGUAAAGAAGACCCGCAAGCCUGCUGCUGGGGCCAAAGGGAAGAAGGGUAAAGCUGCUGCCAACGUCGAUGAUGCUAAGAACGUGCCUGUCGAGAUGGAAACCGGUAGCGAUGAUGACAACGAUACACGCACCUCCAAGAAGCGCAAGUACGAGGAUGCUGUCACAGAUCCCAGUGAUGUCGGCGAGGGGUCUGUUAUUGGAUCUGAGCUUGCGGAUCUGGCUCAGGCGGGGCUCGACGCGGAGAUCACCGCCUGA